AUGACAUCUUUGUCAAUCCCAUCCCAACUUUCCCAACUUCCCAACCACAGAGAGAGGGAAGACAAGGUCAAUGUUCAGACACCCGGCCCCGUCGCAGGGUUCUCCGUGGCUGCCAGCUUUAAACUUGAAGCCGAACUUACACCCCCCUCCCCCCCCUCUACGCACUACGCACUACACUUCCUUACCACCUCACCUAUUACCCUGUACUCUCUCUUCCGUCUCCCAUCUCUUCCGGUGUCAUUCACUCAUUGUUCUGCUUCUGCCACCCCGUCAAGUUACAUUCUUAUCCAACCAACUCCUGGACACUCCUCUCAAGUUUCUUCUUUCUCCUUACCAAGGUACUCCUUAUCCUACAGGCAUAUGCUGCGGUCCUCGUCGCGGAAUCCUCGUCUACUCCUCCCUACUCCUCAAUUCUCAAGACCCUUGAUGCUUGUUUCUCCUAGCAUCGCAACACUGCGGCACUGA